AACUGCCAGUCACCGACUGAGAUGAGCGACACUGAGGUCUCCCAGACUGUGUCCGAGCAGGUUUUCAGUCUCGAUGGUAGUUGGCGAGCAUGAUCCUUUGCCAAGAAACACUCUCCUGAGUCAUCAUGGGAUAUGGCCUUCCUGAUCAACAGUGGCAGCCUAGAAGACUGGCCAUCUUGCUUUGCGAGACAACAACAUCGCUGACGCAGGCGAAGACUGACAUCUCAAUAAGAAUGUCUUCCUUAAUCCCCUCACAGCUUCGAAGCAACCGCCGAAGACUUCAACAGGACCUCGCGCUCGUGCAGAGCCAAGGCAAAACACAAGGCAUUACUCUCGAGCCAAUCCCCGACACCGAUCUCCAGAAAUGGACUGCAACAAUUGACUUCAGAGGCCCAGAAUUCGCAGGCUCACCUUACGAAGGAGGCGUUUUCGAAUUCACGUUGAACAUGUCCGGCACGGAGAAACCAUAUCCAUUACGAGGCCCUGAAAUAUUUUGUAAUACCAAAAUAUACAACCCGCAUGUGGACCAGAAGACUGGGGAGGUUGGCUUUUCCAUGCUGUCGGAAGACCAGUGGAGUCCGAUCCUGACUCUGUUCACGACGAUGUUAUCUUUGCUCGUCGCACUCGGCGAGCCGGAGCCUGGAUAUGAGGUUGACGGUGUGUUGAUGUUGGAAUACAUCUCGGAUCCAGACGUUUUCUGGGAGAAGGCAAGAGAAUGGACCAGGAAAUAUGCUGUGCCUGGAAACACGGACACAACUCACAGCUCGACAUCGCAAGCCGAAGCACAUGUCUGA